AUUUAUACUGUCAUAAUCAAUAAACCUAAGAAAGUUUAAGUUAAUAAUUAUGUUUGUGUGUUAACUCAAACGAUGGAUAAUCUAUCAACCGCAAGUUUGUUAACAUAAAUAGUAAGUGAUAGCAUCUGCACUGGUGACUAAGCUUGUUAUGUUUAGAAAUAAAGUAGUUGAGCUUAAUAACAUUAAAAUUGGUCGACAAUUUAAAGAGUGAAAAAGUCAGCGAUAUACGAAAUCUUUUGGAAAAUUGGUGUUCUAAAGAGAGAAUCAAACGCUGGAUCUCGAUGCAGAAUUAGCGGUGAAUCAAGUCAUCUAUAACAGUGGACAAUUUUAUAAGCAUCCGCUGAAAAAAACAAACAUGGGAAAUAAUGCGACUUCCACCAACAAAAAAGUUGACGCUGCUGAAAGUGUAAAAGAGUUUUUGGAUCAAGCUAAAGAGGACUUCGAGGAAAAGUGGAAAAGAAAUCCUACAAAUACGGCUGCUCUAGACGACUUUGAACGAAUUAAAACCUUGGGAACCGGAUCCUUUGGAAGAGUAAUGAUAGUACAACAUAAAUCAACCAAAGAUUACUAUGCCAUGAAGAUCUUGGAUAAGCAAAAAGUGGUUAAACUCAAGCAAGUUGAACAUACGCUAAAUGAGAAAAGAAUAUUGCAAGCAAUUUCAUUUCCAUUUUUGGUUAGUUUAAAAUUUCAUUUCAAGGAUAAUUCAAAUCUCUACAUGGUGCUAGAAUACGUCCCUGGGGGAGAAAUGUUUUCCCACUUACGUAAGGUUGGGAGAUUUUCUGAACCACAUUCAAGAUUCUAUGCAGCCCAAAUUGUUCUUGCAUUUGAGUAUUUGCACUAUCUAGAUUUGAUAUAUCGUGAUUUAAAACCCGAAAAUUUGUUAAUUGAUUCCCAAGGAUAUUUAAAAGUAACUGACUUUGGGUUUGCGAAACGCGUGAAAGGUAGAACAUGGACUCUGUGCGGUACUCCAGAAUAUUUGGCCCCAGAAAUUAUUCUGAGCAAAGGAUAUAAUAAAGCUGUUGAUUGGUGGGCACUAGGAGUUUUGGUGUACGAAAUGGCAGCAGGAUACCCACCGUUCUUUGCAGAUCAACCAAUACAAAUUUAUGAGAAAAUAGUAUCUGGAAAAGUACGUUUUCCGUCUCAUUUCGGAUCUGAACUAAAGGAUCUUCUGAGAAAUCUUCUUCAAGUAGAUCUUACAAAGCGUUAUGGUAAUCUGAAGGCGGGAGUAAAUGAUAUAAAAGGGCAUCGAUGGUUUGCAUCAACCGAUUGGAUAGCAGUUUUCCAAAAGAAAAUAGAAGCUCCCUUUAUUCCCCGUUGUAAAGGACCUGGAGAUACUAGUAACUUUGAUGACUAUGAGGAGGAAGCUUUGAGGAUUUCAAGCACAGAAAAAUGUGCUAAGGAAUUUGCUGAAUUCUAAAUCAUUAGCCUGGGAUCAUUAAAAAUCAUUUAUAAUGCUUUAAACUACAGAACAAAUGUGGAUGUACAAUCAGACAAUUCUGAUUGAUUUAGUUCAGUACAAAACAAAGGGCUGGAGGCUAGAAAGGGCGAGGACAAAUUGAGCUGCUGUUGCCAUGUUUAUAAAUAUUCCUUAAAAUGCUGAGAAUUGUUCUUUGAUGGAUGAAAAGGCUUUUUCGAUGAAUAGGACGUUCGCUAUGCUUGACAUAUACAUAUAGCAUCAGAUUGAUUGAAAGAAAACACAAAAACACAUAUGACAUAAAUCAUGUAAUUUGAACGAUAGUUACAAUAUUAUUUCACACUAGUACAUUGAACAGAUAUCAAACUUAGUCCUAGCAACUCAACAAACAUGAUCUAAAGUAAAUAAUUUUAUACACCGUAUUAUCGAUGGCAAUAUAGGGGACUUUCUUUAUUCAGUAAUGAAAAUAUAAUAAGAUUGUGUAUAAACUCACGUAGCUAUAGAAUACUA